CCACCGGUCCAGAGGACCAACAGACAUCCCUGACCUUCACUGACCUGACUCAUCACCAUGUCGUCGCCUGUGAUCGCUUUAUCUUUGGCAUCUCCUGCCAAGUCUCCCAAAAAGAGAAAGCCUAAGAAGACGGGCCCUGCGCUGUCGUCUCGGAUCCUGAAGGCUGUGGCUGCAUCCUCUCAGCGUGGCGGCGUGUCCCUGGUGGCCCUGAAGAAGGCUCUGAAAGCAGGGGGAUACGAUGUGGUGAAAAACAAAACCAGAAUCCGGGUUGCCAUCAAGCGUCUGCUGGCUAAGAAGUCUCUGGUCAAGGCUAAAGGCUCCUACAAGCUGAACAAAAAAAGCCCUAAACCUCGAAAGAGGAAGGUGGUGAAGAAGAAGAAGAAGCCAAAGGCAAAAAAGGCAAAGAAAGCCAAGAAAGCAGCUGGAGGAGCCAAGAAGUCACCAAAGAAGAAGAAGGCAAAGAGGCCAAAGAAAGCAAAGAGACCUGCAGCCAAAAAGCCCAGGAAGAGUCCCAAGAAGGCUCGGUCCACCAGGACCAGAGCUGCUGCCAAGAAGUGAAGGCUGCUCUUCUAAAGGCAACCCAGAAGCCUUUCUUCAGCCUCUCCCUCUGUGUGGACUCGGAUGCUCUUAAAUCAACUUUGCUUUUAUUAUUUAAUUUUUCUACCUUUGAGGUUUUAACCUCCAGCCGUUCAUUCUUUGCCCCUCUCCCUGUUUGUGGUGAUCUGUCUGACUCAAAUGCAUUGAUGGAAAUGAAAAUAAAAUUAUUUUAUUAAGAACA